AGGCAUGGCAUGAGCCACCGCGCCCAGCCUAUCUGGGCAUUUUAAAAGGGCUUUUUCCCAAGUGUCACAUGUGCAGCCAAGUCCCUGCCUUCUCGGGACGUGGGGAAGGGUAAGCAGCUGUAAUCACUGCACCACAUUAUUCUGAACCCUCGGCACUAAAGUUUCCAGCUGCAAUUUGGAGCCUAGUGACCCUAGGGACUGUGUGCCAUGUGCCAAGGCUGGAAUGGGGCUCCCAAACAUGCCUUGGUGUCCUCUGGAGGACAGAGAAGGUGACGGUGCUGGGGUCCUGCUGGUAAGGGCAGCGGGCAGGGCGGCUGGGCCUGCAGAUCUGGGUGAUGGCCUGUGACUUGGCCCUCUGGGUGAGAGAUGGAGAGACCUGGAGAAAGGGCAUGGCGGAGGGGAGCCCUGCAGAUGUGGGGACACCCGAACCCUCCUAUGGGGUGUAACCCGAGCCCUCGGACACAGGGUGCACAGGAUGUCUGCAGUCCUCACCCCUGACCUGUCCCUCCCCCUCCCAGCGCCCCUCCCUGGCCUCUUUGCAUAAAGCCUGGCAGGCUGGGCCUCAGGUCAGGCCCAUGGUCAUGGCCUUCACAGACCUGCUGGACGCCCUGGGCGGUGUGGGCCGCUUCCAGCUCCUCCACACGGCGCUGCUGCUGCUACCCUGCAGCCUGCUGGCCUGCCACAACUUCCUGCAGAACUUCACGGCCGCUGUGCCCCCCCACCACUGCCGGGGCCCCGCCAACCACACUGAGGCCACCAACGACUCGGGGAACUGGCUGAGGGCCACGGUACCCCUGGACCAGCUUGGGGCCCCGGAGCCAUGCCGGCGCUUCACGAAACCUCAGUGGGCCCUGCUGAGCCCCAACUCCUCUCUCCCGGGAGCAGCCACAGAGGGCUGCAAGGACGGCUGGGUCUAUAACCGCAGUGUUUUGCCGUCCACCAUCGUGAUGGAGUGGGAUCUGGUGUGUGAGGCCCGCACUCUCCGAGACCUGGCUCUCAUGGCCGGGGUGCUGGUGGGGGCUGCGGUGUUUGGCAGCCUGGCAGACAGGCUGGGCCGCAAGGUGCCCCUGGUCUGGUCCUACCUGCAGCUGGCAGCUUCGGGGGCCGCCACAGCGUACUUCAGCUCCUUCAGUGCCUACUGCGUCUUCCGGUUCCUGAUGGGCAUGACCUUUUCUGGCAUCAUCCUCAACUCCCUUUCCCUGGUUGUGGAGUGGAUGCCCACCCGGGGCCGGACUGUGGCGGGCAUCUUGCUGGGGUACUCCUUCACCUUGGGCCAGCUCAUUCUGGCUGGGGUCGCGUACCUGAUUCGCCCCUGGCGGUGCCUGCAGUUUGCUGUCUCGGCUCCUUUCCUGAUCUUUUUCCUCUAUUCUUGGUGGCUUCCAGAGUCAUCCCGCUGGCUCCUCCUGAACGGCAAGUCCAAGUUAGCUGUCCAGAACCUGCGGAAGGUGGCUGCAAUGAACGGGAGGAAGGAGGAAGGGGAAAGGCUGACCAAGGAGGUGGUGAGCUCCUAUAUCCAGAGAGAGUUUGCGAGUGUCCGCACCUCCAACUCAAUCUUGGACCUCUUCCGAACCCCGGUCAUCCGCAAAGUCACGUGCUGUCUCAUGGUGAUCUGGUUCUCCAACUCCAUGGCUUACUACGGCCUGGCCAUGGACCUGCAGAAGUUUGGGCUCAGCCUAUACCUGGUGCAGGCCCUGUUUGCAAUCAUCGACAUCCCGGCCAUGCUGGUGGCCACCGCCACCAUGAUUUACGUGGGCCGCCGGGCCACAGUAGCCGCCUUCCUCAUCCUAGCUGGGCUCAUGGUGAUCGCCAACAUGUUUGUGCCGGAAGGCCUGCAGAAUCUGCGCACGGCUCAGGCAGCGCUGGGCAAAGGCUGCCUGGCCAGCUCCUUCAUCUGCGUGUACCUGUUUACGGGCGAGCUGUACCCCACGGAGAUCAGGCAGAUGGGGAUGGGCUUCGCCUCGGCCCAUGCUCGCCUCGGGGGCCUGGCAGCGCCCCUGGUUACCACACUUGGAGAGUUCAGUGCCAUCCUGCCACCCAUGUGCUUCGGAGCCACUGCAAUCCUGGCCGGGCUGGCUGUCUGCUUCCUGACCGAGACCCGCAACGCGCCCCUGAUGGAGACCAUCACGGCGAUGGAGAGGAGGGUCAACGAAGGCUCUUCCAAGAAGAGUGAAGAAAUGUCUCUUCAGCAGCUGAGAGCAUCUCCCCUCAAAGAAACCAUCUAAGCUGCCUGGAACCUGGUGCUUGCUGGCAGCACCUGAGCCAUGUGCAGACGGCUCCCUGGGGGUUUCUCCCGGGAGCCCCUGGGGACACGGGUAGUGAGCUGGAGGAAAGGUCACUGAAAACAUCCUGGCUCCCUUACAGAGCCACCCACAAGCCAGGGCUGCUUGGAGUGAAACCCCACCAGCAACAGCCAAUCUGCAUUACAAAUGCCAGAAAGCCAGGAGAAGCCAGUCCCAGGGACCAAAGGAGAGACUGUUUUCCUUUCCCAUCCCCAAUCUGCCCCUUAAAAUGUCUCUAUGUUAGUUCAUUCUGA